GCAAAAUGGCACCAUCCACCCCCAGCGGAAGCUCCGUGGACAAUCCCACGGGAGGACCCGACGUCCUCAAGAUGAUACGGCAGCUACAGAAAGCCCUCGACACCGUCAAGAGUGACAACGAGCAACUCACUGCGCAACUCGUUGCUGUCAACAGCACGCAGCGAGGAGGCGGCAGCGGAGGCUACAAACUCGCACCCCCUCAGUCAUACAGUGGGAAGGACGGAGGCAUUCAAGGAUUCCUCACCCAAGCACGAGCCUAUCUACGCUUCUAUAGCGGGACCAUCAUCACCGAACCCGACAAGAUCCUGUGCGUCGCCGGAUUCCUCAAAGAAGACGCCCUCGACUGGUUUGAACCAACCAUGAGGGAUUACCUCAACAACAGCGAGGAUCGACAAGAAGACGACACACAGAAGGUGUUCAGCGACUACGGCGAAUUUGAGAGACGCCUACGAGCAACCUUCGGCAACCCGGACGAAGUCCGCACUGCCGAACGAAGGCUCAUGCAACUCAAACAACGCGGAUCGGCCGCCAAAUACGCAUCCGAAUUCAAGCAAAUCGCAUCCAAGACCGAAUGGAGCGACGACGAUGCACUCAUGACGCUCUUCUACGCAGGACUGCGAGAAGACGUAAAAGACGAAGUCUCAAAGGAAGACAGACCCGACGAAUUCGACAGCUACGUCGAAAGAAUCGUCAAAAUCGACAACCGCCUGUAUGAGAGAAGACUCGAGAAACGAGGAUCCAGGAGCGAGCCACACACCCCGCGCAUUAAAGCAAACACCGGGAGGCCGCGACAAAACCACCACCGGGGCAGCGACAACCGACACCCCCCACGCAACCAAGGAUGGCAGAAUAGAACCUCCCAUGGACAUCACAGCGGACCAAUGGACCUCGACGCGACCAGACACGACAAAGGUCGCAGGGACAAGGACACGGCAAGUGUUACAUGUUACAACUGCGGCAAGAAGGGGCACUACGCCAACAAAUGCCGCCAGGAACGCAAGUUCCAGCCCGUACCGGAAGGCAACCGGCAAGCCAACGCCCUUCACCGAACAGAGAAUAACCAUGCUACUCUGUCAUGGACCGCAUGUUACGACGACGCCUGUGUCACACACAAGGCAGACA